CUUUAAUGUUUACUCUGGUAUAAGCGAGUCGGUUGACGAAAAGAAUACCAACAGAAUCGAUAAUACUUAUAAAAAAAGCGAGUGGGACUUGAUACUUUAAUAAGAAUAUUCGAAGCACUUUUAGUGAUAUAUCUCCUUCAUAUCUUAUAAAGUUGAUGACAUAUUUUGCUCAAGUUAGAUGCGCCAGUUUCUUAAUAGAAUUUUAUUAUAAUUUCGUUUCGUCCAUGAAAGAAGUUUCUUGAAUGUAGGCUACCAAAAUACGAGAUGCUUUUGUAUCUGCUAUAAGAAGACAUAGAUGAAAAGAAAUCAGGAUCGUAACGGACUUAAUAAGUAUUUUUCCUUGAUGCUCUAUAACACUCUCAUCCAUCAUACUAAAUUGUCAUUUAUCACUCUAAUUCAAAUAAUUAGUCAGAAAUUAUGUUUAGAUUUUAUUGAGACGCUGGACACGAGGUUUUCAGUCAUUUAGAAUCAGUGGAACAGGAAGGUAAUGCUUUUUUUAUGCUUCUCAGCUAUUUUCGUCUGCCUUGGAUUCGCAGCUAAAGGACAGGUGGAAUUUAAAGAGCAAGUUGUGGUUGAGCAGGUUUUAGAAAACUGCAAAUCAGCUUGCAUCUUAUCGAGACCUAUAAGAGAUGCGAAACAAAAAGUUACUGUUGAAAUGAUGAUUAGGUUGGUUGAAAUUAUUGAUGGAGACCCUAAACUUGGAGAGUUUACAUUAAGAUUGGCAGAGGAUUAUUCUUGGAUAGAUUCAAGGUUAUCGUGGCCAGAUUCGGAUGUUGAUAUGAUCAGCCUUCCUGAUAAGUAUAUCUGGAUUCCUGAUAUUAAACCCAACAAUUGUAGAAUUUCGUAUGAUUCUUAUUCGGCUGCAUACCGUUCUCAUCCAGCGAAGAUAAAAAGAAAUGGAAGCGUUCAUUGGAGUAAAUAUCGCCUUAUGAAGGUGAAAUGUAAGUUCGAUAGAUCCAAACCAGUAUUAACGAACAUGUAUGCAUGUACAAUUAUUUAUUACUCAUCAAUUUGGAAUGCUAAUCAGCUAGACGUAACUUCUAUGACGAACUCAAUAACGAAACAUGUUGAUUACGUAGAAAACUCUUUUUGGAACCUUAAGAAAUUAGGUGCAAAAAUAAUACAUUAUAGAGAUAAAUGCUGUAAGGAUUUAUUUGUCCUAAUUAAUGUAACUUUUCAUUUUACACAUGCUUCUUAUUUUGUGUAAGCAUGUAUUGCAAUAGACGCAAUAGAAACUAUUGUGCUAUAGUAUAGAAAAGCGUUAUCGUAUUUCAAAAUUUAUUAUUUCGAAUAGAAUGAGCAGUAAACAUAAAAAGAUUGGUAUCAUCUUUGUUUUUCUCUUUGUUGCGCUCACAUUCAAUGAAGAGUAAUCUGACUUCUUUCUAGGGAGUACAUCUUAGCAUUUCUUCAAAUAUUUCCUUCUCUUCCGGUCAUUUUGAGAUGAGAAAAUAUGAAAAUACUUGUUCGACCUUAAAACACACUUAUCCUUUUAAAAGAAAAUUAAUAGAAAUGAAAAAAUGAAACAUAAUAAAGUACUGAGGCGGAAAUAGAGUCAAUACUCUUUCUUCAUUUUUAGUUUUUCCAGAUGCACAUUAUAACAGGUUGAUCAUAAUGUAAAAGUGGAAUUUAAAGUAUCGACACGUCUUCCUAGAAUGAUAAAUAUGAAAGAGUUAUUUUAAUUUCCACCAUUAUUAUUUAUUUAAUUAGAUAUCAAGCUGUGGGAUUUCUGUCGGGAUAUUUCAAAUAUGCUGUAAAGGAAGAUAAAUAAUACAUUAUUGAUGUGAGGGAUUAGCAAAGAUAAUUGUAGGUAUAUAUUUAUAUGUUUAUCCGCCUCCACCUUGUUAUCCCUUCAGAAUAGCACAACCACAAAAGUUCCCAGAAGACAGACAAAAUUUCUCAGCAUGCUACUUAUAGUAUGAACAAUGUCGUGUGAGGAAUAAAAAAAAUUACGAGUCGCAAAAUGAGGGAGAUAUGCCCUAUUCUGUUUCGUUAGUUAGGGAAACGUUGCUGUCGAACCGAUUUAUCUCUG